AUGGCUGGAUCCAGAGGGGGACAACUUAGAGCACCAGUCUUCAACGGCGAGAAAUUUGAUUUCUGGCAAACCAAAAUGAAGACCAUUUUCUAUUCACACAAACUGUUGAAUUUGGUUGAAAAUGGCUACGAAUCUUCGAUAAAGAAGGAAAAUGAGCUAACGGAGGCGGAGAAGAGGCUGAUGCAAGAGAAUGUAGUCAAGGAUGCUAAAGCAGUUGGAAUCAUCCAAGGUGAUGUUUUAUAUCAUAUUUUCCCGAGGAUCGCAACUCAGAACUUGUUAAUUAGUUUGCCUAAGUUUUAUGAUAGUAUUGCAUCAGUGAUAGAGAACACUAAAGAUCUGGAGACCAUAUAUGCUCAGGAUGUGGUUGCCAUUCUAAAAGGUUAUGAGCAAAGACUUGAUAGACAUGGUGAGAGUAGCACAGAGAAGGCGUUUGCUAGCUUAAACAUUGCAUCAAAACCAAAUAGGUUUAAUGGUCAAUCUAACAAUGGCAAAUACCAAAAGAACUCUAAGUCAAAAGGGAAACAGUGGAGUAACAAGUCUAGUGUUCAUGUGAAAAAUGAGGCAAAUAACACUGGAGACAAGUGUAAAUUUUGUGAUAGACUGUACUAUGGUGAAUGUUGGGUCAAGAACAUGGUCAAGUGUCACAAGUGCAAUAAAAUUGGACACAUUGCAAGGUACUGCCAUACAAACAAGGUUGUGCAACACAUAAUUUUUGCACAUCAGGUGGAAGAAACUGGUAAUUUGUUCUAUGCUAAUCACUCUGGUGAAGUGAAGAAGAUGAGUGAUGUGUGGUACAUGGACAGUGGAUGUAGUAAUCACAUGACAUCCAGAGAAGAUUUGCUUGUAGAUAUUGACAAAAAUGUGAAAGCCAAUGUCCAAGUAGGCAUUGGAGUUUUGGUUGAAGUGGCAGGAAAUGGGACAUUGGUUAUUGAGACAAUGAAGGGUAGGAGAUACAUAAAGCAAGUGAUGCUUGUACCUGGUCUUGCAGAGAAUUUACGUAGUGUAGACCAGAUGAUAGAGCAUGGUUACUUUUUUCUAUUUGGAGACUAUAGAGUGGAUGUGUUUAAUGACAGGUCUCUAAGUAACUUGGUGGUCAGUGUGAAAUAG